GAUUUUUAGGCCCUCAAAAAGUUGAAGAGUAGGUCAUGCAUUUAGCAGUCAGCUGCCUUUAUUUACUCGUUUAUAAAUUUGAGAGGUCUACAUUAUAUUAUAAUAUAAGAAAAUGCCAGCAAGACGAAGCGAACGUAUACGGCGCCGAGAGGAAGCAAAUGCUGCUGCAGCAGUGAACUUGCCAACCAAUUCAAACUCUGAAAAUAGACUUCAUCGUGUUCGCACUCCAAAUGCCCAAGCAUCUAGGGGCAGGUCGAGGAGGAGGCCUAGUAUCACCUUUUCAUCUCCUCCAAGGUCUACUCCUCUAAGGACCCCUCCUCGUGUGAGAAUCGCAAAUCGUGCUCCUACUCCGCAUCGUCUUGGCGGCGUACCCUUUAAUGAACCCAUGGAACCAGAACUUUUGUUCAUGCCAGUGCCUAGUUCUUUGGUAACAGUGCCCAAUCAAGGUGACGCAAUUGCCACUUCGAGGCUGAAAAAAGAGUUUAAUGUUUUCGCCAAGGGACCCGUUGACGGAUGCAAAGCAGAACUUGUGGACGAGAACCUUUUUCACUGGAUAGCCACCAUUCCAGGUCCUCCGGACACGCCCUACGAAGGCGGAUGCUUUAAGAUGGACCUUAUCUUUCCCGAAAACUUUCCAUUCCAGCCACCGCACAUUGAGUUCCGAACCAGGAUCUUCCAUUGCAACAUCACGAUAUCGGGCUACAUUUGCCUGGACAUUCUCAAGGGACAGUGGUCGCCGGCUCUGUCCGUGCCCAAGGUACUCAUCUCCAUCAUGUCCCUGCUGGCCGAUCCGAAUCCAGCCGAUCCCCUGGAGCUGGAAAUCGCCCAACUUUAUUUGCGUGACCCAGAAAAACACAACGAAAUUGCACGCCAGUGGACCCAUCAAUAUGCCAAGCCAUAAGACUUCUUCAAAUGGUUUUUC